AUGCCCAAUAUCCGACCGUUAUGCUCUGAGUUAGAGAAAAAGGCAAGAGAUGAAUUGAACGAAAUACCAGAGCGCAUCGAUGAAGAUUUGGCCGCACUCCGAGCAUGGCUGGCAAAAAGUCCCCAUAUCAAGGCGCGCGACGAUGACCAAUUUUUGCUGACAUUUUUGAGAGGUGCAAAACACAGCCUCGAACGGGCUAAGGAAAAGCUCGACAUGUACUACACAGUGCGAACGGCGCUACCGGAAUUGCUGAAAAACCGUGACCCGUUCGACGAGAAAAUGGCAUGUCUUCUAAGGUCAGGAUCGUGUCUUCCGCUACCAUUAACGGACACACCGGGUGGUCCUCGCAUUGUACUCCUUAGACCCGGUGUUACCGAUCCUAACAAGUUUACUAUUUAUGAAGCGUUUAAAUGCAAUUCCAUGAUAUUUGAUAUAAUGCUGAAGGAAGAUGACAACCUUGGCAUAGCAGGACAGUUAGCACUCGGUGACAUGGCAGGCAUGACAUUGUCUCAUCUAGGACAGGUUAACCCGAGUUUAUUGAAAAAGAUGUCUCUGUUAAAUCAAGAGGCGUCGCCUCUUCGAAUGAAGGGGGCCCAUCAUCUCAACGUACCGGCUGGAUUUGAAGCAAUUUUUAACGUAUUCAAAGGGUUUAUGAACGAAAAAAAUCGAUCUCGGAUAUUCGUGCACGGAAGCAACUUCGAAGCACUCUACCAGUACAUUCCAAAACGGCUUCUGCCGGAAGAAUACGGCGGUGAAGCGGGACCAAUACAGGCAAUCAUUGACGAGUGGGUCAAGAAAAUUGAAAACUACCGCGAUUAUUUCAAAGAAGAGGAUCAGUACGGUACGGAUGAAAGAAAGCGACCGGGAAGACCAAAGAAUGCCGAAAGCCUUUUCGGCAUCGAGGGGUCUUUUCGAAAGUUGAAUGUUGAUUGA